GUAGUUUUCAGCGGUUUCUAGCCUAGGAACCCCACCAAAGGGUGUCGUGCUACGGCGACGGACUGGUGUGAAUUGGUGCAACCAUCAUCGCUCCUCACCUUGUCCUUUGUCUUGUCCCCCGAGACACGUUCCACGAUGAUUUCGAGAUGUUGACCUCGUCUCCUGUAGCGCCCCGGCCCGCGAGCGCUUCUGCCUCUCCGCGAGACUUCCGCUAUGCACCACUACCACCGUCGACCCGCUCUCCCCACCAGUCCCCCAAGAUAACGGCUUCUUUGCGCCGACGGCAUUCCAAACAAUCAGUCGCUCACCCAUCCCCAUCGCCGCCUGCUUCUCACCAGUCGCCAUCCCAGUCCAGGCCAAAGCAAUAUGUGGGUGUGGACGCAGCCACGCAGUACUCACCCAUGGAGCCCUUCGACCCCACGGUUCCUCUACGAGCCGCCGAUGCGCCUGCUCCGCGCAAACCCACAUCAACUUCCGCAGCCGAGAAAAUAGCGACACCGCUCAUGCCGCCUGUACCGCCUGUACUGCCUACACCGCUCCCCAAGGCCACAGAUCCGCCUGUUGGAACUAGCCUGGCGACUGCCCAGCCGGACAGGCAGUCGACAAACCCACUCUCGCCUGCGAAAAGACGUAGCUCCGACUCUGAAGACCAGCGCAAUAUCCUCACUCAAGAUGGUCAAUCUACCUCCCCAAAACGAACACGGCCCAACGCAAGCCCUCCCAAAAUGCUACCCUCGCGUUACGAGCUAUGCGACGUUGAAGACAUGGUUGUUCUUAUAGCCAAUAUGAUAGGGGAAUUGAUUGAGACAAACGACUCUUUAGCUAUGAAGAGUGGUAACCUCACGAGGUUUCAUUCUCGAACAGCCCCAGGCAUAUCUGUCCUAGACUAUUUACAGCGACUUGCGAAACACGCAACCUUAACACCACCCCUCCUGCUUUCUAUGGUGUACUACAUCGAUCGCCUAUGCGCAUUAUACGCAGACUUCACUAUCAACACCUUAACUGUUCAUCGGUUCCUAAUUACUGCGGCUACUGUGGCUGGGAAGGGCCUCUCAGAUUCAUUCUGGAACAAUUCAUUCUACGCGCGUGUUGGUGGCGUGAAGGUUGCCGAGCUCAAACUGUUGGAGUUGGAGUUUCUCUACCGAGUGGACUGGAGAAUAGUACCUGUCCCGGAAGUACUAGAAGCCUACUACAAAGGGCUAGUUGACCGCUGUGAUGGAUAUACCAUCCAAGAAGUGUUGGACGCUACAACGCUAGACGGCGAGGAAACAGACGAAAUCGAUGACGAAGAAGAAAGCGACGGGCCCUCUAAAGACAGCCCAAUAUCAUAAAUCGUGGAGGAAUGGGUCUGGAGUUCGGUGGGGUUAGGGUUUGGUCACUGGGCGGCAGACUCUUUUCACUGACUUCAAAUCCGAAUUUAAAAUGGCUCAUGUGUGUAUGAGACACGAACGAACCAAAUAUCCAGGGCAAGGCUGAAUGAUUCUGAGCCGAUGUCGCCGAACUCUCGCCUAGGCUCUUCAGCUAAUGCUCAAGGUCUGGUAUGCGACUUAUCACAGUAUGCAGACCCAAGUAUAUGUAUGACACACAAACGAGUUGAAAAUGUUGUAGAUAACGAGUACUCAAAGUGCUUCCAGUAUUUAAUAUACGUAUUUAAGGAUUAAGAAACUGCACAUGGGUUUUAUUUUAUAUCAAGUCCUAUAACUUUGGUAAAAGGUGACGAAGAUGAUAUCAUUU